AUGGCGCAGAUUCAAGAGGGUCUCCACGUCCUUCAAGAAGAAUGUCCAGGUCUAUUAACUGGCCGCGCUACUGGUAUUCCAACUCCUGCUCCCACGGCUCCGUCUUCUGUAUCUGCGACUUCAGCAACAGCUGACGGUGGCACUGAAGGAACAAACAAUAGUACUGCAGUUACUUCUGUAAGACCGUCAGAUGCAAGUGUUGCCGACACAAUUGGCUCUGUCACUGGUACUGGUACUGCCACUGCCACUGAAGGGUCUUCUGCCGAGCAUUCCGGUCCCUCGAGCCAGUCAGAGUUAGCCACUUUACUCGCCAGCAUGUUGAAUAUGAUGGCGAUCACAAACCUUCCGGCAAAUGAACAGUCACUUGUUGCCGGUCAGACGGGCGCUGGGACGACAGGAUUAUUUGGCCAGGUAAACAUCUAA